AUGUCGGGUACUCUAUGGUAUCCUGUUUAUAAGCUGAAACUCACGCUUACCAUUCAAGAUCCUGACAUGCCAAGCCCUCGAUACCAUACAGUUGUAUUUGUCCAGACAAAUGAAGAUGGCAAAGGUGGUGGCGUCAAGUUUCAUGUAACUGGCGAUAUUGUCACAGGCAUGCACUAUGAGUCGACGCCAUACGAUAAUCCCGAUAUGGAACCAACUUUGUUCUCAAAAGAACUCAUCGGAUCCACCAAAGCUGCAGAUUUCCUACCACAAUGGGACGCUGUUCUCGAAACCCUUCAACCACCUCCGAAGCAGAAGGCUUUUAACACUAAGACCAUGAGAACUGAGCCGGUAAAAAGCUGGGAUCCUCUUACUUUCUACCUACCAGGAGACAAACGGCAACCUUUGAUUAAGUGUACUGAAUGGAUAGAAGAGCAAGCCAUCCCGAUACUUAUGAAGAAUGGCCUUAUUGCCACCGAGGCCAAAUGA